AUGCCACUGGGAGAGCAACACCCAAACCAUUAUGCCACGCGCCUUUACUUCACUUUAUGCACGUUAGCGGUGAUUAUCGGAGCCUUCAAAGACAAUAAAGUUCAAAUUGAUCUGCAAGAAGGAAUUGUGAGUGGUUACAGUCCUGAUGUGGAGUUCCUCACUUCUCCAAAAGAAUCAACAAACGAUCGAUGCACCAGCCAAGCAGUAAUCAAAGUAGAUUUAUCGGGAAAAUAUCGAAGCGUUAGCCUCUAUCUGGAAUAUGGUGAAACUCCAAAACAAUGGACUUUAGAUAUAUCAGAUUCUGCAACUGGAAAUGGUUAUGGUGGCGACAAUGGUACCACUGGUAAUAUGGCCGAAGUACAUAUUUGCAAUAAACAGCUACGUAUCUAUGGUAACAAUUUACCAGGUUAUAUGGACGCCUCUGAAAAUGGUGGCCUACUUAUGAAAGUAGUUGAUAACUUUGUGAAAAAAGGUGCUAAAGUCAAUGUAAACAUCAGCGAUGAAAGUGUUGAGUGGUCUCGUGGUAGGAAGCACGGUCAUCUUAAAUCUGAAUAUCUUUUUACUCUAAAUGGCCAACAACCUUCUUACGGAAGUGUGGAUUACAAUAUCUAUAUUGCUUUCAAUCGUGUUGUGGCAGGAGCUUACCGCAAUGGCAGCGGACUAUGCAAAGCAACGAUUCUCUUACAAGACACACCAGUUAACCUGUGCAGUCAAGGAUUGCAUAACUGCAGCACUGAUGCGAUCUGCAUUGACUUAAGAAGAACGGGACGGAAACCUUACAAGUGCAAAUGUAAAUCUGGUUUCUAUGGUAACGGAAUUAUCUGCUACGACGUCGACGAAUGUGCUACAGAGAACGGAGGCUGUGUACACAAGUGCGAAAACCAACCGGGAAAUUACUCUUGUAGCUGCAUGGAAGGUUUUCAACUCUCAGAAGAUGGUCAUAAUUGCGAAGACAUCGAUGAAUGCAAACAGAGCCAACGUCUUUGUGACCAGCUCUGUAUCAAUACCCAGGGGAGUUAUGUGUGCUUAUGCAGGCCUGGAUAUUACCUCAGCCCUGAUGGACGAACUUGCACAGGUGAGUUAUAUUACUAUAAUGUAUUUUUAAAAUCUAACCAGAAUAAAUCAGUGAAUUUUGUCAAUGAAUUAAUCACACAGUUAUGCACCGUAUUGUUUUUGUAUCUAUUUUAUUUAAUAGUAACCUGUGCGAAGGGAAAUGGUGGUUGCCAACACCGAUGCAAAGAUGCCGAAUUAGGACCGGAAUGCAGAUGUGUGUCAAAAUAUAAUCUUGGAGGAGAUAAGAAGUCUUGUAUAGCGUCCUGUAAAGUGAACAAAGGAGGCUGCCAGAAGCAAUGUAUCGAUACGAAAACAGGGCCGAAAUGUACGUGCCCCAGUGGUUACAAGUUACAUACAGACAAGAAGAGCUGUUUAGAUAUUGAUGAAUGUGCAGAUGGAGGUGGAGGUUGUAGUGACAAUUGUGUCAACACCCACGGCAGCUACGAAUGUACAUGUCCUAAAGGAUUCAAAACUCUAAGUGAUCUGAAAACAUGCACAGAUAUAGACGAAUGUUCAAUACCGUCUACAUGUGAUCAUAUUUGUAUUAACACACCUGGAAGUUUCCAUUGUAAAUGCCGACCAGGUUUUGAAAAUUAUGGUAUCACACAUUGUGCAGAUGUGAAUGAAUGCACCAAUAAUAUUGGAGGUUGUGAACAAGGUUGUGAAAAUACAGAAGGAAGUUUUAAGUGUAAAUGUAAAGAAGGUUAUCGACUUCACCCCAACCAAAAGGAUUGCAUGAGAGCAGAUGUUUGCAUCCGUCUGAAGACACCAGCCAAAGCCCAACUGUUAUGUCAAAGUGUCGGCGACACAAAUAUGUGUAUUUUACGCUGUAACAGCAACGCCCAUUUCACGAGCGAUGCUUCACGGACUGACUAUACAUUCAUAUGUAAUAAAGAGACAAAGUAUGAAUGGUCCCACAAUAAUAAAACCUAUGUAGUCCUUCCAAGUUGUUCCGAUGCUGUUCUUCCACCCGGUUUCAAGCGGAAAGCUGUAUUUCUGAUGAUGACAGCAGAAAAAUGCCGGUUGAAGAAGCACACAACGGACAACUUCAAGGAAAACCUAUUACAGACAUUACACAAGAAGAAGCGCUAUAAAUGUACAAAACUGUGCCACGUACAGAACGUUAGCUUACAAUGUGGAACGAAAAGACGCCGCUUCCGACAAACAUUGAGCAAACAAAAGACAUAUAUUACCGCUGAAUUUGAAAUCGAAGUUGCUCCUAAAGCCCCGACAGAAUCUUGUAAUAUUAAUUGCACCCGAAAGAAAACGGAGAGACGUCUGAAGAAGACCAUUAAAAGACUUCGGCGUUCAAUUAAUAAAGAAAAGUUCUCAGUCAUAUUUGAAAAUAUCCAGUAUGGCGUACGAAAGCGUUCCUUUAAAGCGGCAAGAACAUUGAUGACAUGCCGAAAAGGAAAUAUUCUUGUUAACCAAGAAUGCAUAUCCUGCAGCAUUGGUACAUACCAUGACGUGGAGAAAGGUAUUUGUGUACCCUGCAGUCACGGAAAAUAUCAAGAUAUGGAGGGACAGACUGAAUGUAAAAAUUGCCCAAACCAAGCGGAGGGUAAGGGUGUUCUAGGUGCCAAAAACAUCUCAGACUGUGCUGGCCUAUGUAGUCGUGGUUAUUUUGCUGAUGAUGGACUUGAGCCUUGCCAACCUUGUCCAAUUGGAACAUAUCAAACAGAUAUUGGGCGCACCAAAUGUAUCCCAUGUGGUCGUUCUAUAAAAACAAGAGGUGUCGCUUCCACCAGUUUCCAAGACUGCAUCGUCAAAACGAUCUGUGGACCUGGUCAUUUCUAUGAUGUGGAAAGUGAAAGCUGUAAAGACUGUCCAAUUGGCUUUUACCAAUCAGAAAGCAGCCAAAAUUUCUGCAUUCCUUGUCCCGGAGACACAACCACAGAUGGAGGAAACAGUAAGAACAGUUCCGACUGCAAAAAUCGGAAAUGUGGAGGUUACAUCGGACUUUUACGGGGUAGACUAGAAAGCCCAAAUUAUCCCGGGGAUUACCCUAACAAUGUCAACUGCACCUGGUUUAUCAAACCAGGAAAAGGUCGACGCAUUCUCAUCAUCAUUCCAGAAAUAUUUCUACGAGCAGAAGACAAAUGUGGAGAUCAAUUGGUUAUGAGAAAAUCAAAAUCGGCAUUUUCUCUACAAACUCACGUGACAUGUGUUAGCACAGAAAGACCUCAAGCAUACGUUGCCCGGUCCAGAAAUUUAUGGAUUACUUUCAAAACAGAUCAGAAAAAUACAGGCGCAGGUUUUUCUAUACCAUAUGUAACUUACAAUGAAGAGUACCAAGACUUAAUGGAGGACAUUGUAACGGAUGGCCAACUCUAUAAACCUUAUCAACAUCAACAGCUUUUUAAAGAAAAAUCAAAACCACGGGCAGAAGGAGUAUCUCUAGUCAUUUAG